UAAAGCUCACUAUGUGAUAAUGAUGGUGAAUGAGAUAUUAAGAUAUAACAAUUAAUUGAAGGUCGAAAUGCUACCGUUUCCGAGAGAAUAUGAUCAGGUUCAACGUCUUUUACCAAGAUCAGAAAGAGAUGGAAAUGAACCGUCUUAUUUCUCCCUCAUUCCGUCUUCGUCCUCGAACAUGUCAUCAAGUUCUACUGAUACUUCAUCUGGGUCGUACGAAAAUUAUCUUUCACUUUCUAGUACUGAAACGCCAGAAUUUCUACCUUACCAACUAUUCAAAUCAUCAUGCGAUACGUCUAUACACCGUGCCAACGACAGGAGUUUCUUUGGAUUUUCAAACCAUUCCAAAGUUUCCAGGCAGAUUUCAGAAACACCAUUUUCACGUAGUGAUCGACCAGCGCCUAGGCGGACCAUCAUACCCGAAACAAAUAAAAAGAACCACUUGGAUCUGUACAAUGAGUUGUUUGCCACCAAAGAAACAGAAAUUACUUCAGAACCUUCAAAUAGGUCGCUACAAGCGCUGAAUAGGUUUCGUGAUUUAAGUACAGCUCCAAGUUCUACUCCAUAUACAGCAAAUCGAAACGAGUGGGAGUUAGAUAUGGACAUACCCAAUUCACAGAUUUUAAUUUCUUCCAUGAACUAUGACAGUCCUCAUGCAGCCAAACUUGUACCAAACCAUCCAUCUAAUUCUAAUUGGAUAGAUUUGGAAACACUGGAAUCACCUUCCGGAUCAUUUAGUGAAACCUCAAUUUCUAAAAGAAAUAGUAUUAUGAGCUCCAGUUCAUUUGAAUUUUUACCACCUGUCUCACCUAUAAGACAAUUUGAGAGGAUAAAUCAGGCUGUUGGUGCAUCAGGUACCGUAAGUCAAGGUUGUGCUAUGAGUACUGGUACUGACUACAUGCCACGGGCAAUAAGAAAUUCAGCUAAGUAUGAGAGACAAAUUCUUGGUGCUGCUUCAUCUUCAGGUAUAUUUCGUGAAAGUUCAGUUUCUCCAAUUUGUAAUAAAAAUUACCCCAGUUUUAUGGAAAAUAUGGCACCGGUCUCAUCCUUCGAAAAUCAGAGAAAUAUUGAAACAUUAAUUCGAAGAUCAUCUUCAGGAAUGUAUGGUGAAAACGCAUUUUCACCAACUAUGAAGAGUCGUGAAAUGCCACAACUUUCACCUAUAAGAAAUCCUAAUCGUUUUGAGGGACGAAAUUGGGAUGCUAGAUCUUCAGGAAUAUUCAGUGAAACUUCUAUUUCAUCAAUAACAAGCAACAGCCCUGGCUCUAUUGGAUACAUGCCACGGGUCUCGCCUAUAACCAAUCCCAUAAACUUUGAAAUACUUAAUGAAGACACUAUGUCAUCUUCAGGAAUAAAAACCGACAAACUGUGCACAUUUUGUAAGAAAAAUGGUGAACGACAAAAAGUGUAUAGCACCCACACUGUCAAAGUAAAAGUCGGAAACAAGCAGAUAGUUACAUGCCCUGUCCUACGUUCUCAUGUUUGUACUAUGUGUGGAGGAACCGGUGACAAUGCCCAUACAGUGACCUACUGCCCACUGGUAUCUGACUCAAAUAAGAGACGGCCACCAUCCACCACAGUUACCUUGAAGUCUACCCGCAUGAAGAGCAAUGGUAAAAAACGAUACAACUAUAAUAAUUAAUAGUGUUCUAUAAGUGUUCUAUAGAUUUUGUGUUAAUGUAAAUGAAGUGUAUCCACACUUAUGGUAACUUCCGGGUCAGUAUGUGUUAUGUCUGUAAGUUGUCUUGUAUAAGAAACAAUUUUGAAUUUUGUACUGAUUAAAGGUGUUUGAAAUUGGAACAUUGAUCUAUACAUAUAGAUCUCUGUAGAUUAGGUGGACCUCAUUCAAACUACAUUUUAAAUGAUUUUUAUAUCUUUAUUAAUUAAAUGAUCUCGAUAAUUAAGGCAUGAAGCAAAACGAUUUUUGCAUGUUUAAACAUUUUUAUUAAUUAUAAUACUCAUAUUUGACAAUAAUUUAACUGUUAGUUUUUAAUUAUAAUGACAAAUUAUGCCGUAAUUUUUUAGCUAUAAGUAAC